AUGGUAUUUACACAGAAUAGACUUGCGGAAGCUGAACGAGAAAGAGAUGUUUUAAAUAGACAGUUAUCUGAAAAACUUCCUGAAGAUUUAUCUUUACUGGCCAAAGAAGUACAUCGUUUACGUGAUCAAAUUUCCGAACGAGAAGAAGAAAUUGUUGAGUUGAAAUCGGAAAGAAAUAAUACAAGGCUUCUUUUAGAACAUUUAGAAUGUUUAGUUGCUAGACAUGAACGUUCAUUAAGAAUGACAGUUGUAAAAAGACAAGUAAAUAGUCCUGGUGGUGUUAGUUCUGAAGUCGAAGUAUUAAAAGCAUUAAAAUCAUUAUUUGAACAUCAUAAAGCAUUAGAUGAACGUGUACGUGAACGUUUACGUACAGCAUUAGAACGUGGUGCACAACUAGAAGAAGAAGUGCGUUCAUCUGCUGCUGAUCGUGCUGCAUUAAGAGAACAAUUAGCUGCAGCAUUAGCUGGUGUAGCUGCUGCUGCAACAGCAGUUCAACAAAGACAACAACAACAAAUUGUAUCAACUGUGAAUGGGAAUGGAAAUGUUGAUUCUAAUCACACCACACAAAUCAGUAAAGAUGAUCUUGAUGGAAAUGAUGUAGGCAAUAAACUAGCCUCAUUACCUCCAGGUGGACCACCAAUCACAUCAAAAGAUUCAAACGAUGAAAGUUCAUCGGCAGAAAAUUCCGGUGUAAAAUCAGUUGCAUCCGUUGCUGCAGCUGCAGCGGCUGCUGCUGCGAGUGCUGUAGCUGUUGAACGUAAACUUGUUGAAGUCACUACAAAAUCUAGAGAUUUAGAAGCAUCUAAUACAACAUUACAAAAAGAAUUAUCACGUGCUCAUGAUCAGAUUUCUCGUUUACAAAGAGAAUUAAGAGAGUUGGAAGCUCAACGUGAAGAUCAAGAAGCUCGUAUUGCAACUUUGGAACAACGUUAUCUUGCUACACAACGUGAAGCUACUGGCACGUUGGACAGACUUAGUCGAGCUCAGUCAGAAUUGAUUACACGUGAAAUUGAAUUAAAACAAGCAAAAGAUCAUGCAAAUCAUUUGGUUAGCGAAUUAGAAACAGUACAAAACGAAUUAGCCAUUGUCAAAGUGAAUACAAUGCAACAAAAUGAAAAAGUGAAUACACCUACAACAACAUCAACUCUAAUGCAUACAGCUAUUGAAAAUGGUGGUGAAUUUAUUGAGUCUAUCGAAAAUGAAACUAUUUCUAAUGAUGAAAAAACUAUUAAAAACGGCAAAAGUUCUCAUUUAAUUAAUGAUAAUAACAGUAACAACAAUAAUCCUAACAUAACAGUAGUUGACGAAUUGCGUGUACAAUUAUCUACAGCUGAAGAACGUAUUAAAGAUAUGGAAGUUGAAAUGAAUGAAAUCCAGUCAGAAUUACAAAGAGCUAGACAACGCGAACAAUUAAAUGAGGAUCAUAGUUCACGUUUAACUGCGACGGUUGACAAAUUACUAUUGGAGUCUAAUGAACGAUUACAGACACAUUUACGUGAAAAAAUGGCCGCAUUAGAAGAGAAAAAUCAAUUACAUACAGAAUUAGAUCGUCUUAGACGUCUUCUAGAAACAAGUCAAACAGAACGAGAUCGAGCUCUAGCCGAUAUGGAACGAUUAAGACGUAGUUCUGCUACAACAACGCCAACCGCACUUGCUUUACAAGGUGACUCGUAUUCCAGUGGUUCUCAUAGCCUUCGUAGAAUGCCUCGUAAUGCUUCCAGCAGUAGAACAGAUCAAACUCUUCUUGACAAUGAAGAAAUGAAUUUAGAUGAGCUGGAAAAUAACAGUAGUUCUCUCAAAAGGAUCCAACGAAAAAUUGGUGGUUCUGAUUGGGUUGAUUCAGAUGGUGAUACAACAACAAGUCCAGUAAGCAGAGGUCAAUCAGAGAUUGGGACUAGUAAUACGGAUGCUCAAAGAUUAGCAUUGUUGAUUCAAAAUCAGUUGGAUGCAAUAAAUAAAGAGAUCAAAAUGAUACAGGAAGAGAAACAAACUGCUGAACAGUUAGCUGAAGAGCUAGAAUUACGUGUUGGUUGUACUGGUACAAAUCGUAAUGGCAGUUCACAGGGACAAUUAAUUGAUGAUUAUUACAAUCAACAACGUGGCAAUGAUACAAACGAGGCAUAUUAUUAUACUAAUCAAGAUGGACGUCUUAAUGCGAAUCAUGUUAUGCCAAGUUUAUUACCUAAUUUUGGUCCAACUGGUUGGUCACCUCCACCAUCACCAUUAAGUUCUAGGUCAACACCAUUCGGUGGUAUUUCUAGUGAUUCUUUCAGUGGUAGUUUUAAUAAUCCUAAUCGAAAUGCAUCGUCGUCAAUAUUAUCAUCUGUGGUAGUUAGUAAAGAAUCUGAACGAUCUAUUCCUCAAUAUGCUGUUCCUACUCCAUUGGCCGUAGAUCCACGUCGUAAUUUUCAACAUCAGCCUAUUCAUAGUCAAUUUGAACAACAACGAUCAAUGUCAGCCGCUGGACGUCCAUUGCAUCAGGUUAGCAAUGGUGGCUUAAUUACAUCGGAUGAUUUAUUACAAAAUAAUGUAAUCAAUCAACCACUUAGACCUGCAUCACAAUUAAAUUAUCACUUACCUGUUGCUGCUCCUACUGGCGCUGGCGCUCCUCCACCACCGCCAUCUAUUAACCCAAAUACAGUGAACAACGUACCACCACCUUCAACAAUACCAGCACAAGAAUUAAUGAAUAAUAAUAAUAUGUACUUGAGAAAUAAUUAUCGCACUAAUCUACCAAUUUGUACAACCGGUAUUGGCUAUCCACCUGGUUCUUUAUCAGUUAUAUCAGUAGAUAGUCCUGAAGACGAGGGCUCUUCAGCAGCUUCUGAUUCAUUAGUUUGUAAUCAAACGAUCGAAGGUCAAACGUCAGGUCAACAGCAACAACAACAAACAAUACCACCUACAUCAGCACAAAAUAUCCCAUUAAUGAAUAAACAAUUUUAUCAGCAACAAAUGCAGUACAGACAACAAUCGAUUUCAGAUCAACCUAUGACAACGUUAACUCAACAACCACUUUACCAGCGAGAUUAUGAACAACAACAGAUCCAACAAUUACAAUUUACUCAUUCAACAAGACCUCAUCUACAAAUGAAUUCUAUGCCAAUAUAUAAUCAACAGCCUAUGGGAUUGUAUCAAAAUUAUCUACGGUCAAUUGGACCUAGAAAUCAAUUAUACAACAUUAUUGAUAGUCAACAACAACAGCAACAACAAAUCAAUUCAAUGUCUCGAUUAGAUUCAACACAAUCAUUUUUUUCGCCUACACCAUCACCUACACCAAGUAAGAAGAAAUCGCGUAUGUUAUCUGGUACAUUUGGUCGAUUAUUUCGACGUAAUCAAUCAAGUAAUAUAACUGGGAAUAGCGGUGUUGGUAUUGUCAGUGGACCAUAUGAUAUGGCACAAUAUUCACAAAAUUAUUAUCCUAUACCAAAUCAUAUUAAUCAAUCAAUACGAAUAUCAGCUUCACCACCGAUACGUCUUGGUUCACCAAUGAUACAUACAUCAAUUGCUAAUAAUACUCAUAACAAUAAUAGUACUACUAACAAUAAUAAUAGUAGUAACAAUAAUAUUCGAUAUUCUAUGCAACAGCAACCUAUGAGUCCACAGCCGAUAGCUGUCGGUCCAGGUGGACAUCAAUCACUAUCAUUACCACUGCCACCACCUCCGCCUUCAGUACAGUAUCAUCCGUCAAUGUCCAAUCAAGCACAAAUGAUACAACAACAGCACCAGCUCCUUAUAGAACAGCAACAACAGAUGUAUCAAUUUAGGCAACGACAACAAGGUUUGGAAUAUGAUGAUGGAUGUAAUGGACCAAAUCUUAUUACUGGAGGAUCUAUAUCACCACUUUCGUCCUCCACUGUAUCAGGAAGUCUUUCUGAAUCAACUAUUCCAUCAAAUAGUAGAAUAAUGAGUCCAAAUCCUAUGUCAUUGACUAUGGGUAGUAGUGGUGGUCAACUGGCUAACACAACACUACCACCACAAGUCCCUGAAGAACGUCGACGGUGGAAAAAGGAGGAGUUAUUAGAACAAGCUAUGAUGGCUAGAUUACCAUUUGCACAAUGGAAUGGCCCUACAGUAGUAGCAUGGCUUGAGCUUUGGGUUAGCAUGCCCGCUUGGUAUGUAGCUGCUUGUAGAGCGAAUGUUAAAUCCGGUGCAAUAAUGGCAUCAUUAUCUGAACAAGAAAUACAACGUGAAAUUGGUAUUAGCAAUCCAUUGCAUCGACUUAAACUACGUUUAGCUAUACAAGAAAUGGUUGCUUUAACUUCACCAACUCCAGUUCCUAAGCCUAGUACAAGUCGUCUUGCUUUUGGUGAUAUGAAUCAUGAAUGGGUUGGCAAUGUAUGGCUUCCUAGUCUUGGUUUAGCCCAAUAUCGUCCAGCGUUUAUGGAAUGUUUAGUUGAUUCACGGAUGCUUGAUCAUUUAACUAAACGUGAUUUAAGAACACAUUUAAAAAUGGUUGAUAAUUUACAUAGGACUAGUUUAUUAUAUGGUAUUGUUUGUUUAAAACGAUUAAAUUAUGAUCGAUUGGAAUUAGAACGUAGACAACGUGAAGCUGCUCAUCCUGAUAGUAUUGAUUUAUUAGUUUGGUCAUGUGAGCGUGUUCAAGGUUGGUUAGAUGAAAUCGGUCUAAAAGAAUAUGCACCGAAUUUAAAUGGAUCUGGCGUACAUGGUGGUGUGAUUGGUUUACAUCCAGAUUUAAAUCCUCAACAAUUAGCCUUAACAUUACAAAUACCUACAUCGAAUACAUCAGCUCGUGCUAUAUUAGCUAAAGAAUUAACUCAACUUGUACAACGUUUUCGUGCCAAUGUACCAAUUGCAGCGGCUAGUAUUGGACCAGCUCCAAGAGUACUAGCAAUGGAAGCCGCUGCUGUUGUUGCAGCUAAUAGAGCUCGUGCAAAAUUUGAGGGUCAAGAUAUUUGUUAUCCAGAUGACGGAUUUAAUGAAACAGCUAUUACAAACGAUUGUGAUGGAGUAGAGCAAAUUGAGGAUAGAGCUACACCUACAAAUAUUUCUGAACGAAGUCUCAAGGAUACAAAAAGAACUCAAUUAGAACUAACUAAUUCUAACUCAGAUAAAAAUGGUGGUGCCAAAACAACCGACAUAUUAUCAUCAUCAUCUGAUCUCGGAUUAGAUUGUUCCAUCACUAUAAAUAAUACUCCUACUAGUACUAAUGUCAGUAAUGCAGUUCCUCAUAGUAGUAAUACUUCUGCUGGAUCACCCACUACAGUAUCACAAAAGAAACGAGCUCCUCAGGUACCUUCUGUUAGUGGGAAUACUACUAAUACAACUUCUCUAACAAGUACUACAACUCCAGUAACAAAUAAAGCAACAACAUCUUGA